AUGAUCGAUACAGAAAAUACAUUUCUGUCUCAAAUUCACUCAACUAUUUCAAUGCAGUCUGGACAGUUGCGACGUGAUCCGCCCCCCAUACAACCAUCAUCAAUUCAAAAGAUGUUAGAUGAAAAUGUCCGACUUAUCCACGGUCUUAUAGCACACCAGAGAAUGGGUUCAGCAAAAGAAGCAGCAGAAUUCGAACGUGUUUUGCACCGUAAUCUUAUCUAUCUGGCAACAAUAGCUGAUCGUACAACAGUCCAACCUGCGAGUACUCCUCACCCACCUCCGACUGGCUUACCUCAACCCAAUCAUCAAAUUCAAGGCUCCGCUCCCAAUUACCCUGCACAGCAUAUGGUCAAUGCAACACCGGAAAUUUCUCAACAACCUGUAGUACAACCGCAUCAGAUUACAGUUAACUCUUCAAUGCAUCAUGCCGUGCCUGUGGUGGUUGGAUCUACUACAAUAUCUACUGUCGGCAAUCCUAUUAUGUAUCAACAGUAUUUAGUUUCAUCGCAUAUUUCAAACAGUCAACAAGUCAAUUCACAAGUGCAUAUACCAGUGAUAUCUGGUCAACUUCAGCAUCAUGAACGGAUGGUUCAUCCGGUCAAUGGAAAAGUAGUGCAUAGCGAACAUAUUAGUAAUGCUUAG